CCAUUAUAAGUAAAAUCUGCAAAUGCCUUGGCUCCACUCUAAAACCCUUUCAUUUUCAAUUUUGGUAUCGCUUCCUCUUCCUAGUCGCCUUGAAAUUAUCAGUGAGGGAACGAUGAAGGUGAAAUCAUCUGUGAAGAAGAGGUGUGAGUCUUGUCAGACAGUGAAACGCCGUGGAAUUAUCUAUAUCAUAUGUUCAUCCAAUCCUAAGCACAAGCAAAGGCAGGGGUACUGCUCCAUCUCUCAUGAAGGAACAAUACCAACUCCCUUGUUUGAUGAGGCGUUUUCUAAUCAGGAAGUGGUGAAGCUGCCUAGUCUGAGAGUAUCUGCCAGUCUGGCGCCUCUUUUACACAAGAGGCCUGAGCCAACAACGAUUUUCGGGUGGGGGGCAGGUUUUGCAUCCAUACUCUUCAAACAAGGGACUCAGUUUCUGGUGAAGGCGAAACAUCAUCUUAUAUAAACACUUUUACUUUGGUCAGUUGUAGGCUCUUCUAGGACCGUGCGCCUUGAAUGACCUGAACAACGAGAUAUAUGACAAGCUUGACUGCUUGAGUAUUCAGCCUUUCUUAAGAUUUUUCUUUGACACAUGUUGAUUCAACAUUUUAAAAAGUAUUGAAGUUUCUAUUAAACUUUUUUCUUACUAAUAAAUCACUUUCUUUGUUUUUGCAAAUUAUUUUUUCCAUAUGUUUAUAUUUCGAAUUAGUAUGUAAAACUGUUUAACCUUUUUGUAUUGAAAAUACAGAAUGUUAUUAUU